AUGGGAAAUCUACAUCCAGCUCGUAACGAACGACCAGAAUUGGAUGAACGGGAACUGUCGUAUAUCGUCCUUCAUACUCGUUUCACACGAAAACAGAUCAAUGAUUUUCAUAUUCGUUUUCUUACGUAUUAUCCACGCGGUCAAGUUAAUUUUGAUCAAUUUUGUCAACUCUAUUCUCGUGAAUUAGAACAUUUACGCAAUUCUGGACCAUUACUGGAACGGAUAUAUCAUCACAUCGAUACAGAUAAGAAUGGUCUUUUAAAUUUCAAAGAAAUCUUAUUCUUCAAAGCAGUCAGUAUGCCAGAAACAGAUAUCGACGAGAAAUUCCGAUGGAUUUUUUUUCUCUACGAUACAAAUCACGAUCAUCAUAUCGAUAGACACGAAUUCCUGCAUCUAUGUGCUUUCGCAUACAAUACCCACGGAAAAAUCUUGACAAAAUCUCGAUUGAAUGAAUUAAAUUCAUUCUUCGAUCGAUUUGAUGCUGACUCUGAUGAAUAUUUGAACUGUAAGGAAUUUACUGAACUAUGUAAACAGUGUACAGAUCUAUUUGAAUUAAUUACACCUAUGUUCAACAAUGCCCAAUGGAAUUCCAAAGCGAAAGAUGAUCAUCUACCGAAAUUUCAGACGAAAAGCAACGAACUUACGUGCGAACGACUUGGAUAUCUAUUGAAACGAACUAAGUUCACUCGUGAGCAAAUUUUACACUAUUACGAAGUCUUUCAAUCGCGCUGUUAUGAUGAUCGAUUAUCUAAAAGUGAGUUUGUUACUUUCUAUCGAAAACUACUACGAUCGAACUCUGCGGAAACCUAUUGUGAAUUCUUAUUUCGCGCUUUCGACAGUCUCUUUCACGAUGGUUUCAUUCAAUUCGAUGAAUAUCUUCUCGCUAUUUACAUUCACAGUAAUGCAAGUACAGCUCGAGAAAAACUCGACUGGCUCUACAAUGCUUACGAUCGUGAUGGAGACGGAUUUAUUACUUAUCAUGAAAUCGAUCAGAUUGUUCAUGCACUUUUCAUUUUAAAUAACAUUGAUCGAGAAAAACACAGCGUGGCUUAUGUCGCCUAUCGGAUUAUGGCUAUCUUAGACUUGAAUGAUGAUGAUAAAAUCUCCAAACAGGAAUUUAUGAAUAUGUUAAAAGAUAAAGAACUUACCAGUUUUUUGGCUCCAUCACUUGUGAAACAAUAUGAAACUAAUGUCAAAUCAAAUCGAAAUGAAGAAAAACCUUGCAAUCUAAAGAAGAACGAUCCAACGAGAGUGUGA